GCCACCAACUUCUCAGCGGCUGUUCCCGACCACUGUCGCCUACAACUUCAGAAUGCAAAACGGGCUGUGUAUAGAUGGCGGAGAGCAAUGACUGAGGAGUUUGAUGAAGAUGUGGUAUUUGAGAACUCCCCUCUUUUCCAGUACCUGCAUGAUCUAGGGCACACAGACUUCGAGGCAUGUCCGACGGCAUCACAGGAGGACGACGAUGGCGGACAGGAGGGAGACCUCGCCUCUCCCGACGAAGAUCCACGGAGAACUCCAGGAGGACGCUUGUGGAGACUGGCUGAAGCCUUGUGGAGAUGGAGUCCGAUGCACCAGGCGGCUGCGUCUCAGAAGCUGGGCCAGCAGCUGGACUGUGUGUUCGGCCAGUACUCGGUGAAGUGCAUUCUGGACCAGGACGUGCUGCUGCAGGAGGAUGUGGAGCUGAUCGAGCUGCUGGACCCGAGUCUGCUCACCCUCGGCUCAUCUGCCUCUGGCUCAUCCAGCCGAGCGAGCGCCCUGCCCAGACCGAGCCUCAUAGCCCAGCCCUCCCUAUGGGACAUGGCGGGGCUGGUCGGCCUGGCUGCAGUGCUGCUGGGUCUCUGCUCCAUAUCUGAGGGCCUGUGGCCGCUGGCCGCCGCCCCCUGGGGCCUGGCGCUGCUGGGCUGGGUGGGGCUGAGGGGCAUCAUGCUGUGGAGACAGGGCUGCAUGGAGAGAGCCGUCCACUCGCAGGCCACACAGCUGCAGACUCUGGUCCACAACAGCAAGACUCUGACCGGGCUGUCUCGCAAAGCCCUGCGCCUGGUGCAGGAGACGGAGGUCAUCUCCAGAGGGUUCACCCUUUUGCUCGACAGGGUGAGUGCGGCCAGCUCCUUUAGCAGGGCGGGGCCGGGGGCGGUGCCAAGAGGCCAGCAGCUGAUCGGACUGAGGAAGGCCCUGUACCGGGCGCUCCGCACGGCCUUCAGAGCGUCACGUAGAGCCACCUGUCAUAUGCUCAAGGCGUUCCCUCUGAACUCUGAGAUCGAUAAUGUGACCAACUAUGUGUCUGCGGUGCCUCUGAAGGAGCUGGGGCUCGGCCUGGGGAUCGAGCACCUGGGUGAUGAGCAGGCACAGGAGCUGACGGAUGACUACAGCCUGCCUGCCCUGAAGAUGCUGUUUCAGCUGUGGGUGGGACAAAGCUCUGAAUGUUUCCGUCGACUGGCUCUCCUCCUGUCGCCCCAAAGAAUAGAGGAGCAAGAAGAGGGGCUACCUAAAGGAGACACCUCCCCUCCUCUUCCUCCUCCUCCUCCCCCGCUGCACCGCUCCAUCGCAGCAGUGACCGAGCCCCUCCAUCACGCUCUGGCCAGCUGCCUCUGCGAGGUGCAGCGCAGCUACGACUUCCACCGACACUUUGAGACCCAGCUGAGGACGACGGGCUCGGACAAGACGGGCAGAGCCAGGGAGAAAUGCCGAGAGCUCAACACCCUGCACACCUCCAUCCGAAGCCUGCAGCUGCACCUCAAAGCCCUGCUUAGCGAGAUGAUCAUCCUGGAGGACGACCUGGAGAAACUGAUGGUGUCCAAGGAGCCGACAGAAUUGACAUACGAGGGCUACCAGGACCUCAGUGAGCGGCUGCACCAGCUGCAGCCUCACAUGCAGGCCAGCACCGGCUGCUGGGAGGACACCAUCAGCCAGGUGGAGCGCAUGCUGAGACGCGUCAACGCCUGUCCAGGUAAUGCUGGGGGUCAGGAGCAGUGUUGUCCCCCUGUACCUGAGAUCCCUGCUCCUCCUCCGUCCUACCCGCUGAUCCUGGACAGAGACCCUGUGCCAGAAGAGCUGGAGUGGGAGGCCUACGUGUCCGACUCAGACUCUGACGGCGAAGGCAGAGGCUCUUGGUGCGACAUCUUGUCCCCGGAGGAGCGGGAGCGUCAGCGGCGGGAGAGGGAGGAGUCCCGUCGCGUCCUGUCAGAGCUCAAAGCUGUGCUGGGCUUCCGUGCGUCAGAGGGGGAGAGGAUGAAGAGGAAGCAGCUGCUCUUCAAAGACCAAGCUGCUGUGACGCCCUCAGCUCGCAGCGACACUUCAGAUCCUGUCACAAAGCUGUCAGACGCUCCUGCCACUCUGGGAUCAGUCGAAAGUGGUGAUGAAGAAGGAAACCACUUUUCAGAGUGCUCUGCAGGAAACGAAGGGGAGGAAGGGGAAGGAAGAGACGGCAGGGUGAGGCCUGACCCCUCCGCAGAGCCGGUAACGGAGUUCAGCUGCGGCUCGGAGGUGAAGGAGGGGGAUUUGGUUGGAACUUCAGUGUGCACGAGAGGAGGAGGAGGGGCGUCCGAGCUGCACCAGUACGACGGCGUCCUGGAGGAGGGCGAGGGCCAGAACGGUCUGGACUGCUUCGUGAAGCCUAAAGUCCCCGCUGUGUCUGUGAUGGACAGACUGACGGAGCUCCACGGCUCAGAGGCGCUCAGCUUCAGCUCCGCCCUCGCCGCUCAGGUGGCGGCACGCUCGCACUCGCUCAUCGCCAUGGAGGAGCAGACAUUUGGAGAUGAUGAAGAGGAUGAUGAUGAAGAGGAGAACGACAGACGAACCCCUGAGAAGGACUUAAGCUAAAAACCGCGCUGCUUUAAUGGAGCACUGAGCAGAGACUGUAUUUCUGUCUGAUGUCUGAGUGUCUGUGAUCGAUGGGUCUGUGUUACUCUUUACUGUUUCUGUGGAGGCAUUUCAGAUUUACGCCACUCUAUCACCCAUCCGUCCAUGUCACCGUUCAUUACCCACAAUUCUUACUGCUCUUUUGCUGUUGAAACUCAGGUACCAGAACCACUACAACAAAUAUGACCUUGUUUUAAUGUCAGGAGACCAGAAUGUUACCUGGUGGCGUCCACAUGGUGUGUAUCGUUCAGUAGAUGUGGGAACAAAGAUUGUAUGUAACAAGUCGAUGGCUUCAAAUUUAAAAAUGUGUAAUAGGAGAAGAAAGUGGUUUUAAAUGCAGUUUCAGGACGUUUGGGGCUGGAGGAGUUACAAGGUUUGAGAGCAAUAUUUUGAUUUACAGCAGUACCUCUGUGUGUUCAGACAGAACGUGAAGUUGGACAUGAGUUAGCCUGCACGUCAUGAAUUGAUGCGAAACAAUGAUGGUGCAGUUUUUAAACGUUUAAUCUUAAGCGACAAAAUUUGAGCUUGUCCCAGGUGGUGUCGUCAUGAUACUGGAAUUUCUAAUUACUAUACAGCACUUUAAAAAAUAUCAAUAUUCAAGACGAUUUUUGAUACUAUGGGGAACAUUAACAUUAAUACAGAUAAACUUUUAACUAAUCGAUAUGACUAUGAAACUUCUCUGGACGUUUUCAAGUUAUGGAAGCUGACACUGGGUGAGAGGCAGGGUUCACCCUGGACAGGUCACCAGACUAUCACAGGGCUGACACAUAGAGACAGACAACCAUUCACACUCACAUUCACACCUACGGACAAUUUAGAGUCACCAAUUAACCUGCAUGCAACCAGAGUACCUGGAGAAAACCCACGCUGACACGGGGAGAACAUGCAAACUCGGUCUGAGGCGAGAAUGCUAACCAGUGCAUUAAUAACUAGUGUCUCCCCUUAAAAGAACUGUCACUGUGUUGCCUAUUUCUUGCCUAAAAUGUUAUCAGAAGCAUAUUUUAGUACACAGUUUAGCUGUAAUAUGAGAAUUUGUGAACAGGUAGCCAUACUGUUUCCUGUGUUGUAAAAAUGGAGGCUGAAAAACUGACAUUAAACAGUAAAACUAACAAGUUCUGAUCAAAUAUCAACCAAGAUUUUGUCGCCAGUUUCUCACCCUAGGAACUUCAACUUACUGUUAAACUGUAAUUCGAUAUCGUUUGUUACCAGCCGGCCGCCAUCUUGUUUGCUAUAUCAAAACGGACACACUCGCAUAACAUAACCCACCAGUGGGAGCGUGUAUUGGUCCGGUACGUUGCAGUGCAUUCUGGUAGUUGUAGGUUUUCUACCUCUUGAGCAAAAGCAAAUGCCACAGACCUUUCUCUCUGUUUUCUCUGGUCAUGUAGCACCAGUUUUAAAACUAUUUUCAUCUUUCUACUGCAUAGUUUUUUGAAAAGUCCGUCUUUCCUGCAAUGAAAUACUUCUUUUAGUACUUGAGUUUGUAGAGUGAAGGUUUCGGGCGAGAAAACGUAGUCCAGGGGUCAAGUUUGCACGAAUGUCGCGAGGCUAAGAUUUGCGUUCUGUCUGAACACACCUAAAGCAGAAGGUUGAACUCAGCUGGCCUUAAUUCUUGUCGUCCAUCAGUGUGAGAGGGAACUCUGCUCGAAGAGGAAGUGAAAAUCUAUUUUUACUGUCAGCGCUUUAUUUUUGUCCGGCCCUUUCUGCAGUCCAUCUCCCUACUUACCGUCUGACUGGACACAAUGGGGGUCGGACACGUAGCCGACCACACACUCACAACCCUGUUUGGAAUACAACACUACAAUUCAUAAAGACUGGAGCGGUCCCAUCUGUCAGCGUCUGUGUUUACAGGGGCGCACUCGGAGGAAAGACUUGUUUAUGACUUGACACUUUAUGAACUGAACUGCUGUGAGGUUUGAAAUCAAAUACUUGUACGGGUAGAGUGAUAAAAAGGAAGAUGGUUUUCUCUUGUGUGAGGGCAAUCUAUAACUUUAUCUUUCAUAUGAAGAUGCCAUAAGAGUCUGACUCCCCUGGUGUAUGCCCCCAACCCCUCUACUCCUCCACCUUCCCAGUCUCUCUUGUCACCAUGUCUGCCUUGUCCUGACCCCUCCUGCACCCUCUCUCCGGGUGAGGUCUACCCCCCCCCCCCCCCCCCCUCCUGCAUUUUCCAACGUGAAAUAAAACCCCAUUCUGGAAGUGUGUGGUGUAUCCUGAAGUC